AUGACUACUUGCGAUUGGGCGUAUAACAUAAAAAAUUGUAGAGAAGAAUCAGCAUUCAGAACUCUUUUGAUAAUAGGCACUGGUCUUUAUGGAUUAUUGGGAAUUAGCGAUUUAUUAAUAACUUUUUUAAGAGCAAAUAUUCGAUACAGUAAAAAAUCAAAUUGGACUACAUUAGAUUAUUUUUUAAUAUGGGAUUUGUUGUUUAGUGUAUUGCGUACUUUAGAUUGUUUGAUGGCCACUCUUAAUCUCAUCCCGCAAUACAUUUUAUUGCGGGAAGUUUUGACUGGUAUCUCAUGGGCUCCAGGACCAAUAGGUUUAUAUGUAUACCUUUCCGGAGUAUUUCUCUCAAUUCCUCGGCUAAGUUUUGAUAGAUUAACCUGCACCAAAAACAAUUGUAAUAAGUAUAAACAUUCAAUAUGGAUUCCUAACCCACAAAAAGUUAAACCAAUUUUAUGGAUUUCGUCAUUUAUAACAACAGUUGGUCUUUUUAUUUCAUCAAUAAUUGCUGGAUAUUAUCAUGAAAGAGACGAUGAUGUGAAACGUUAUAUUGCAUUGUCUGUAGAAAUAGUAAUUAGUUGGCUAAUAAGUGUAACUAUAUUUGCUUCUGUUGUUUAUUAUGGAAAUGUCCAGCUCUCUUUGGUACAAGAAAGUACAAAACUGGCAGGAAUAGAUGAUAGGAAUGAUAUCAAAUUACGUCUUUAUAAGUUACGAGUUUUAAAUUAUGCAAUAGGAAUAAAAUUUUCGUUAUUGUCGAUCUCUCUCCUUCCGGUUGCUCUUUUAUAUAAUCAUAUCGCAUCGAAUUUUGUAACUAACUUCUUGAGAUCACAACACAAAGAUCAUCCGGUAAUUCUAGUUGGAAGGAUCGGUUUCAUUCAGAGCUCGAAACUUACCCCACCUCAACUAGAAACAGUUCCGUUCAUCCAAUAUGACGAACACUUCAUUAAUUAA